CCACAUCUCUCAGCCACACCAACAAUAGCACAUUGACUCACACUGUGCACAAUCUCCGGUGUCUGGCCAUAUAAACUGGACUACGGACCUACUGGACUGGACUGGUUCUGGAUUGUAUCCGCGCGUAUGCCCAAGAAACAACGCAACAACUAUUUGAAACAACUGCAAGGCACAUCGAGUGGCAACAAAGCUGCCGGCACCAAUGUCGCCAACACCAAAUCCUCGGUCAACGAGAAACUCAGUGAGCUGAGGAAACUCGGAGGGAAAGAUGCUGCGAAGAAGAAGGCUGAGCUCGCUGAGAGCGCGACCAACCACAAGUCAGUACAUCCGUCCUUGAAAGGCAUCCUAGGAAUCGCAGAGAGUGCUCCUCCAAAACCCAAGCGCGCUGCGCGAGUACGACUUCCCAACAGGACUCCAGGCCCCGCCCCGCCAGCGAGUUGGACCAAAACACCAGGAUGGACCCGCUCUCUGGCACUGAGAACUGGACAGAGGCGGUUUAGGCGGAAUGGCACAACUGACAUUGAUCGCAAUAGGCCCGAGAAGCUCGGGAGAUUUGCUUUGUUGAGUAGCAUCGACGACGAUGACGAUUACAAUCGACGACCAGGAAGCCUGGUGCAUUUUGCACUCAAGACUGCCGCCGAGAAUUGGGAUAUGUUCGACGAGGAGGACUUGCCGAUGCUGGCCGAAUUGCCCUUGAGACUGCGCCUCAAACUACUGAGCUAUCUCGGUUUUUACGGACCCGCGAUAGACAUCAAUACACUUGAUGCCUUGACAAGCGGCACGGAACCAUUGUCACACCUCGAUCUUGCCGGUCUGAUCGGCAGCGAUGGGCUAUCCAUACCACGCCUUACCAAGCUUGCAAAGGAACAGAAGCCUAUGCCUCAGUCGGCAGAAUCGACAACAGAUGCUGUGGUAGAAUCCUGGGAUCAAGAUUCGAGCUUCGAGGCAGCUCUAAGCAUGAGCAUACCAGAAGCUCGGUUCUCCAGUCUGACACAUCUUUCACUUUCUCACCCACCACCAGGCGUCUCCUGGCGAGAUCUUCUGGCACUUUCGAGGCAUACACCAAGUCUUGCUCAUCUGUCGCUCGCAUACUGGCAACGACCUACCUUGACGCCAAAUCUGGCGACAGCCACAGUCUCGAGUCAGCAUAGCCCCGAUGUGCACGCAGGUGGCUCACACUACUACUCUGCGCUGGAUCAAGACAUGUAUGAGCCAGCAGCAAUUAUCCGGCAACUCAGCAAUAACCUGUUGAGCCUGAGAUGGCUGGAUCUCGAGGGUUGCACAGAUUGGUGUGCGGCACUGUCGUUCGUGUGGAAUUCCGAUGCCGCAACCAACGAUGUCGAUGACACCUGGGCACAACAGUCCACCACGACCAGUAUCUGGGCAGGCAACUGGAAGAACUUCUCGUAUCUCAACUUAUCCCAAGGCUGGGUCCCAAACAUUGCAACAUUACACCUCUUACCACGACAGCAGAUGUCUAGCUUCCGCAAAGCAUUGCUCGACAAGUUCACAGAGCAGGUCGGCCUGGCCCAGCUUGGGCUGGAACAAGAAAGCGAUAACAUGAGUCUUGUGGCCCAGCGGAAGGCUCAGAUAUGGUCAGAGGUGGAGGAGCAAGCGAUGAGGGUUGGAAGAGACAUCAACAAUCUGAGACGCAGCGAGCAUGUCAAGUACAUGGAUGUUGAUCACGGGUGGUAUGUGCAAUGACAAUUUUAUGAGAUUGAAUUUUCUUCGACCGGAUAUCAAAGGACGCAGUAUCUGUCUGCGACUGAGCUCAAGUCCAAAAACUUUGCAAUACCCAACUCCGAACUCCCAGAAUUGUCUCUGUAUCAAGCCAUUCUGGCGACACUAUCCCAACUUUCCCGAGACCACCAAGAGCGAUGCUGAACGCUAAUGUAUCAUCACAAUGUCUGUACUAGAGUAAACCAUUUCUCAGCACCCGAAUCUCAUCUGGUUCCUAUGCUGGAAAGGAAAGUUAUCCUCGCCGCCAUUCUUCGACACGACGUAGUUGUAUUGCUUGUCUGAGAUCCAUCAGUAUGGUGGCCUUGUACUUUCCAGAGCAACGAGU